GGCACCCGUGCCUGAUGUGUUGAAAGCAUGAUUGUGUACCUUAACCUAACUUUUUAUGUAUAAACAUUAUUUUUGAUUUCUAAUGAAGCGGAAGGAUGGCGCACAGUAAGAUAUUUGUAAAGAAUCGUGCGUUAGGAUAUGUCAGUAAUCAUAUUCCUUUAGUGACGAGAUAUAUUGAUCGACGGAAAGAGAAUCUUAUAGUAACAUGUGUGGGUAAUUCGUUUAACACGUACGGCUGUACACAUUUCGCACUGCUUAGUGUGUCAGGAACACAUCCAGGUGAAAUUACAUCUUUAUCAGCGGACAGAUAUCAUAUUUAUACAGCAUGUGAAAAUCUCAUAUAUGCCUGGCGGAGAGGAACAGAGUUGAAGCACACUUACACAGGACACGAAUGUACGGUGCAUAGUCUAUUACCUUUUGGAACACAUUUAAUAUCUGUUGACGAUGAUAGUAAUGUUAAAGUAUGGAAUAUUAAAUCUGAAGAGCUUCUUAUACAGCUGAACUUCAGCAAUGAUGUAUUUAAGAUAACCACAAUGGUUCAUCCCAAUACUUACAUGAAUAAAAUAUUAUUUGGCAGCGAGCAAGGCCAAAUGCAGCUAUGGAACUUAAAUAUUGCAAAAUCUAUUUAUAUAUUUAAUGGUUGGAAGACACCUAUAACUGCAUUAGAACAAGCUCCUGCCAUUGACGUUGUAGCUGUGGGUUUGAGGGAUGGAAGGAUCAUUUUACACAAUCUAAAAUACGAUGAAAGUCUUUUUGAAUUGAUACAGGAUUGGGGUGCUGUUAUAUCCAUUUCUUUUCGCACUGAUGGUCAUCCAAUUAUGGCUACAGGAAGCUUAGAAGGUCAUAUUGUAUUUUGGAAUUUGGAACAGAAGAAAGUAGAAAGUCAACUUUAUAAGGCUCAUUUUGGAGCAGUCACUGGUUUAAAAUAUUUAUCAAAUGAACCAUUAUUGGUAUCAUCAUCACCUGAUAAUUCUUUGAAAUUAUGGAUAUUUGAUUUAGCUGAUGGUGCUGGUAGACUUUUGAGAAUUAGAGAAGCUCAUGCUGAACCCCCUACUUUAGUCCGUUUUUAUGGUGGAGGCAAGAAUAUAUUAACAGCUGGAAGUGACUCUUCCUUAAGAAUAUUUUCCACAAUUACGGAAACACUGAACAAAAGUUUGGGAAGAGCUUCAUUUAACAGGAAAGCUUCAAAGAGGAAAGGAAGAACUGUUGAUGAUCCUUUGAUAAUGCCUCCAAUAACUACAUUUGCUGCAGAAACAACAAGAGAAAAAGAAUGGGAUAAUAUUGCUGCAACCCACUCUGGUUUGGGUACAGUUACUACAUGGUCCUUCUGUCUAGCAAAAAUGGGAAAACACAAGUUGUUUCCAGAAAAAUUUAAGGCCAACCGUAAUGUAUUUGCAACAACUGUGUGCUUGACACAUUGUGGAAACUUUGUUAUCAUUGGUUACAAUACAGGUCAUGUAGAAAAGUUUAAUAUGCAAUCAGGAAUACACAGAGGCACUUACGGAGAUGAUACAGGGGCCCAUAAAGGUCCUGUAAAAGGUGUAAUGGUUGAUCCUUUGAACCAGACUGUGAUUACUGCUGGCAGAGAUUGUUUCAUAAAAUUUUGGGAUUUUAAACCACAGAAAGAACCAAAAAUAAAAGUAGAAAUGGAAGAACCAAUUGAAUGGUUAAGAUAUCAUGACGACAGCUCUCUUGUAGCCAUCGCUUUAGAAGAUUUUAGCAUUGUGUUAAUAGAUCUUGAUACAAGAAAGAUUGUACGUCGUUUCGAGGGACAUGAAGGACGAUUAACGGACGCAUCUUUUAGUCCAGAUUCAAGAUGGCUAGUAACAGCAUCUAUGGAUUGUACAAUCCGUGUAUGGGAUAUUCCAUCUUCAAAUCUAAUAGAUAUUUUUCAGGUUCCAGAAGCGUGUACGUCGCUAGACUUUUCUCCAACUGGAGAAAUGCUUAUUACAACACAUGUAUGCAACCUUGGGAUAUAUUUGUGGUCAAAUCGUACCCUUUACACUUAUGUCUCAUUGAAAGCUAUAAAUAAAGACGAUCCUAUCCCAAUGAUUGGUCUUCCUGGUUCGGCUGCAGAAACAUGUGAUAUCCAGGAAGAUGAACUUGUCGACUCGGAACCAACAUACGUUUCCCCAGAUCAACUUCAAGACGACCUUAUCACGAUGUCUGGUUUUGCCAAUUCAAGAUGGCAAAACCUAUUAAAUAUAGAUCUCGUGAGAAAGCGAAAUAAACCAAUACAAGCACCUGAAGCGCCGGAAGCUGCUCCAUUCUUUUUGCCAACAAUUCCAUCAUUGAAUUUGAAAUUUGAUUUUUCGGAUGUUAAUAAUACAGAGACAAAUAAAAAGAUAAUCACUCAUCCGGAUUUACAGAAUCUAACUAUUUUUAGUAAAGCUCUCUUAGCCGCCAAGGAAAACGAAUUUGAAGAAAUUAUUGAAAAAUUGAAAUACAUGAGUCCAACUUCUAUUGACUUUGAAAUUCAGUCGCUUUCAGUGGAUCAGCAGACAACAGAUACCUUAUUACUUCAGUUUAUGAAAAUGGUGCAUUGUAUGAUGGAAAAGAAGACAGACUUUGAAUUAGCACAAGCGUACUUGUCUGUGUUUUUGAAGUGGCAUGGGACUACGAUAACAGAAACCGAAUCGUUAAGAAAUUAUUUGACGACGUUACAGGAAGUACAAUCUAAAAAUUGGUUUCUAUUACGAGAUAAAUUGUUCUAUAAUCUUAGCGUUGUUCAAGCCUUAAAAAAGAUGUAACAUAAUAUUAAAUAGCAAACUGAAUUAUGACUAUAUAUUUUCGAAUGAGAAUAUAAUCUCUUUUUUAAAUACACUAUGAAAAAAGAACGCUGAUUAUUUAGAAAAUAUUCAAUUUAUUGCAGCAUUUUACGAACAAUAAGAUAUAUUAUCACACACAGAAAGUACUUCAUUACAUACUUAUAGUUAGUUUUUAUACAAGUUGAAUGAUUCCACUCAGUGAGCGUAAAUGUAUUUGUAAAGACUGCAAUGAUAAAUAUAACUUAUGUAUAUAAAUAUAACAAUUACAAAAAUAUUUUUAAGACUUUGUAACUAUUUUGGAGUAUGAUAAUAUUUACAUUAUAGUUUAUUCAAUUUUAGACUACAAAACUUAUUCUCUAUAUGCAAGGAAAUUAUGCAAUUGUUCCAUUGUUGGUGAAUCUAAUGCCAAAUCUUCAAUAUAAGCUUCAAAAUGUAUAACAACUCUGUAGAUACUUCGUUUUGUAGUGGCACAUAAAGAUUGAAAGAUUUGUUUAAUAAAUUUAUCAUCUCCUUGUUUCUUUGCCAUAAUAUUUGA